AUGAUUAGAAUUUUUUCAGCAGAAAGCAAUCCGUCUUUGGCUCCGGCUCGCAAUCUAGUUAACUGUCAAAGAGUGAUCCGUACUGAUGAUUUAGCAAAUAUUACUCAGCAUUCAUAUCAUCAAACGCUUUUUGAAAUGCUUGGUGUCUUUUCCAUUGGUGGAAAUUUCAAAUUAGAAACUAUUCCAUAUUUUUGGGAAUUUUUCACUUCGCCAAAAUGGUUAGGCUUGGAACCUGAAAGAUUAUUUAUUACAGAUAUACCAAAAAAUGCUAGUGAUUUAGAUAACAAAAGAUUUUUAGAAAUUUGUAAUAUUGUUUUUCCGGAAUUUUACCAUCAAGGAGAAAUUAAUUUGCCCUUAAAAGAAAAAUGUGUAGACGUGGGCGGCGGAUUAGAAAGAAUAGCCAUGGUAGUUCAAAGUAAGAAAAACACUUUUGAAAUUGAUUUAUGA